AUGUCCUUCACAACCAAUUCAGAGAUUGCUGUCCACGACGGUAAGUUGUAUAAGUUGUCACAUGACUCCACCACCACCAACACGAAGAUGGAUGUCAACGUUUUUGUCCCUCCCUCGAAAUCUGACAAGAUCCCGGUUUUGAUGUUCUUGUCAGGUUUGACAUGCACACCCAACAAUGCCACCGAAAAGUCGUUCUUGACCUAUUUCGCCGCCAAGUACGGAUUUGCCCUUGUGUUUCCAGAUACUUCUCCAAGAGGAGCCAAUAUUCCUGGUGAAGACGACUCAUAUGACUUUGGUACUGGCGCCGGAUUUUACUUGGAUGCCACGCAGGAACCAUGGUCCAAGAACUACAACAUGUACUCGUACGUGCACCAAGAACUUUUGGAGAAAUUGGCCGAGCAGUUCUCACAGCUAGACUUCUCUAAGAUCUCCAUCACCGGUCAUUCCAUGGGUGGAUACGGUGCCAUUGCGGGCUUUUUCAAAAACCCUGGUAAGUACACGAGUGUCAGUGCCUUUGCGCCGAUCUCAAACCCCCUGAACUGUGCCUGGGGCGAGAAAAAUUUCAGUGCUCAUUUGGGCAACGACAGAAACGACUGGGUGAAGUAUGACCCUGUGGACUUGAUCAAACAUUACACGCACGAGAACCAGCCGGACAUUUUGAUCCAUCAGGGCGCUGCUGAUGACUUCUACAGAAAAGACAAGUUUUUGCAACCGGAAAACCUCGUCAAGGGUGCCAAGAGGAGCGACUACAAGGGUAAGAUAGACUUGAGGAUUGUGGAGGGCUACGACCACCUGUACUUUUUCAUCAGCUCAUUUGCUGAAGAGCACGCCAAGCACCAUGCGAAGGCGUUGGGCUUGCUCGAAUAA